CUGCCACUCAAACCUUCUACAACUAGCUGUAUCAGACAGACUGAACCUCGAGGAGCUUUUGACGCAGUUUUUUUUUUUAAUUGCCGGGUUCUAAAUGAAGCUGUUGGUGGAGGGAGCACGCGCAGAGCGGAAGUUGUGUGACGAAUAAGCGGAGCGGUUCUUGUUUUCCCACGGAACAGAGAAGGAGUUGGCAUCUUUCAUUUAAUCUGCACUUCAUCACACAGGUGCCAUGAGCAGCGAGUUGAACGUGCCUGUGGGCUCUCCCGCUCCAGGAGUGUCGGGGGACGGCGCUCUGGACACUGGAGGAAUGGACUAUAGGGACUGGGUGCGGCGCAGUUACCUGGAACUGGUCAGCUCUAACCACCAUUCAGUGCAAGCGCUCUCCUGGAGGAAACUCUACCUCAGUCGUGCGAAGCUGAAGGCCUCCAGCAGAACGUCCGCUCUGCUCUCUGGCUUUGCAAUGGUCGCCAUGGUGGAGGUGGAGCUGAAGGAGCAGUAUAAUUACCCCAGAGAGCUCAUCAUUGCCUUUAGUGUCUGCACCACGGUUCUGGUGGCCGUGCACCUCUUCGCCCUGCUGAUCAGCACCUGCAUCCUUCCCAACGUGGAAGCCGUCAGCAACAUCCACAACCUGAACUCCGUCAGCGAGUCGCCGCAUGAGCGCAUGCACCACUAUAUAGAGCUGGCGUGGGGCUUCUCCACAGCCCUGGGCAUCCUGCUGUUCCUAGCGGAGGUGGUGCUCCUCUGCUGGGUCAAGUUCCUGCCCGUAGACUCUGGCAAAGAGAGAAAAAAGCCCUCCCCGGGGGCGACAACGCCCAGCACAGUGGGGCCCACCGACAGCGGCUGGCACGCCGCGCUGGCCUCCACCAUCAUUAUGGUCCCUGUCGCCGUGAUUUUUGUGGUCUUCGCUGUUCACUUCUAUCGCACUUUAGUCCGUCACAAGACUGAUCGCCACCAUCAGGAGAUCGAAGAACUACACAAGAUAAAGGUCCAGCUAGACGGGCAGGAGAGAGGCCUUCAGAGUGUGUGACCGCCGCUUCCACCACUUCCUCCCACGUUCUCAUCCAGCCGUCUGGCUUCUCUACCCUAACGGGCUUGACGGUUUGGUGAAAAACCGAUGCAUGUCUUACUGCUUAUUUAUUGAACCGUGCAGCCACUUGGUCUUUGGGCCUAUUUGACAGUGUGGCAACGUUUACCGAAAGAAGGGCUGUUGGGUUCCGUUUACUUUUUCCAUUUGUGAAGACAUCCAGAACUUUGUUUUCAAACGAUGUUUUCACUUAAGGCCUUCGUCACAACUUCCCUUAACAGGUGGACACGGGCAGUAAGGACACCGUACAUCAGCACCACCUCUACGUCAUGUCAUAAGUGCGUAUGACUCACGUUAUCCGUACAAAUACGUUGCGAUAAACUUUCCAUACACACGACCAUCGAAUGUGGCCGUAGAAACCUUUAAGGUGCAGCCGCUCCUCUCGUCGGCCCAAAAACCCACAGAAAUGCAGGUCAACCCCUAUAUGGGGGCAUGUGACUAAGGCUUUAGUGGUUAACCAGUAUCUUUGUAGGGUCUGUACCUCUUCAUUUAUUGGAUGAUGGUCAAUAAACCUUGUGCCAUCUUUUUCUCCCAACAUUAACGUGCCUCCGAGGCACGUUAACGUUGGGAGCGGGGUCAUCUGGACCCCACAAGAUGGCACAAGGGAUAAUGGAGAGCUAUUUUUACUUAGGUAGUUUUUUUUCCGCAGAUUAGGAAAAAGGUUAAGGAGAGGCAAAGAAAAACAACAACCAGCUGUUUGAAUAUGAGUUAUCAUGUCUGGGGUCACGAGUUUAUCUGACUAAACCUUUUUUUAUAUUUAAGCAAUAGCAGCAAUAGAAGCUGAGCCAAAACCAUCACCUGAUACGACUUUAACAAAUGGGAAAUCAUAAGAUGUUGAUCAAUUAACUUGGUGUAACCUACUGGAUGAGCAGCAUUCAUCUUAAGUUUAGCGUGAUUCUCAUCCCGCCGUCCUUUAGAGCUUCAGAUGGAGGUGAGAACUUUUAAAGACCCACACGGAUCAAAUUUGUACUUUUAACAUGUUCUUAUGGGAUUUUUCCUGAUGAUGUAUUAAGAAAAUUGGGCUCAAAACGUAAUUUCUGAGUAUUUUCUUUAUUCAAACUAUUGAAUCAGGAGCAGAUUUAAAAAAAGAAGCAAAAAAAAAAAGAGCUUUUUGACAAAGAGCUUUUUUGUGAUUCAGAAAAUACACUGGGCGUGCCACAGGCCCACUGCUCUGAACUGUCAGCAACAGGGAGGGGAAAGGGCCCCACUGCCAGCUUGGUCUUUUGCUGAAUUUCUGAAAAACUCCUGCCGCUCUGCAGAAACUAUGUCCUAGAAAAAGACAGUUUUUUUGAUUUUUGGCUCAAAACGGCGUACCGGUACUCACAAUUAAAAACCACCGUGAAUCAUUUGGAAAAAGAUCAAAAUAUGACCAGAGUGGGUCUUUAAAACAUAUUCAAUAUUUGAUUUAAAGGCUCAACAUAAAAUCGGCUGGAAACAGAAUGGAUUUGUGCAUGAAUGUUCUCACCUGUCCUGAAUGUUUCGUGUUUUAAAGUCUUACCCGCAAAGCGGUCAGUUUGCAUUAUUGUCGCAGCAUUUUUAUUGUGCUGUCUGUUACUUUGACUAUAGAAGCCUGUGCAAAAAAAAAA